CAGUUCACUAUUGAAGCGCGCGUCUUAGCGAACAGUUCGUGGCCAGCUACAACGGUUAGCUUGGGCAAUAAAACAUUUUGUUGCACAUAAAGUUCAAAUUAGGCGAAAAAAAGAAAUUUUUCAAAUUUCAACAUACUUGAUUUCGAAUUGUAAGCGAAGAGAAAUUGUUAAAUGGCGAGGCAUAAGUGAACAAAAGUUUGCGCAAUAAUUUGGACUCGGCUUAAUUAUAGCUGUUUGUGAUUUAAAAAUAUUUUCCCAACUCGAAUAACAGAAAUGUUAUAAAAAAAAAUCUAAUAAUAUAAUAUAUAACAAAUUGAAAUUUUUCGCAAAUAAAUAUGCUUAUGUACAUAUAUUCAAAAAUAAAUUAAAUCUUAAAAUCAGUAAACGUAAAAAUUCCUUUAACUAAUGGAAAAUUGUGUGAAAUCUUCCUAUUAACUUAAUGAUUUAAGCCGCGCUGAAUUUUGUUGACGUUUAUUGUUGUUGUUUGGAUCAAUCAGUGUCAGGCAAACAGACAGAGUCAAUAAUACAAUAAUAAUUCUCCAAUUGUGAGCGCUCCCAUAAUAGCAAAUCCAAAUAACGGCAUUUAUAGACAGCAAAAUAGCAGUGGCGACAGCAGGCAAACACUAUAAAACAUAUUUACAAAAGUUAAACGCAAAAUUGAAAAACCUAAACUUCAAAAAAUUUUUAGCCGAUUCGCCAUUCAUUAACGUUAAAGGAGUCUAACAGACCGGAAUAUUUUUCAAUAGCCCUUGUAGACAAGUCUUCUAUUGUUGUUGCUGUGUGAGAAAAAAAAUUUACAUAAAAAUCUGUCGCAAUUCAGUUGCACAGUCGGUGUCGGUUUUAAACGCAGUGCUUACCUGUAAAUCCGACGUACGUCCGUCCGUUCAACCGUUGCUGUAUGCCUGUUUGUCGUCUGCUCGGACUGAUCUCCUAAGCUUUCUCGCAGCGCUAGACUUUGAAGUCGGCGUUUGUUUGCCUGCCCGGACACUGCUUCAUUUUUGUGUAUGUCCGUAUUGUCUUCGCGCAGAACAAGAAAGUGUGGUAGAAGCCAACUUUAGGUUAAACAGACACGUCGCGGACGCAUUGCAAUCUUGGCAUCUGAACUACUAGUUUGUGUUCGUGUUCGAGUGAGUGAGUGGCCGUCAAAACUUGGUGUGAUUAAAACAAACAAGCGGCCAAAGUCUACCUAUAUAAAUUACUUGUCUGGAAAUUGUGACCGUAUAUCUUUCAGUUUUUGUUAAUAAAAAAAAAUUGUGUGUUUUCUAAGAAAAAUGCAGACUUGGAAUUUUAAUGGCGCGACGCUGCUCGCUUUAAUUUGCUGUAAUGUUUUUGGUGUGACAUUUGCAAACAAUUUCGCCUACAAUGGAGCAAUGGGACCCGAUCAUUGGGGUGAACAGUUCAGUACGUGCAGUGGCAAACAUCAAAGUCCGAUCAACAUUGACUCGGUCAAUGUGAUCAGACGAACUUAUCCACCACUAAGUGCUGACAAUUUUGGUUCGGAACCAAUUAGCGGUGAAAUAUUAAAUAACGGUCAUACAGUGGUCGUACGUCUUGAGUACGCCAAAAAACGUCCAACCGUAUCGGGUGGUCCACUAGUGGGUGAAUUUAUUUUUGAACAGUUACAUUUUCACUGGGGCGAUAAUGAUACAAUCGGCAGUGAGGAUCGCAUCAACAAUGUCUCUUUUCCAGCUGAGUUGCAUAUGGUUUUUAGGAAUACCAAGUAUCCCACCUUCGAGGAAGCGGCGGCGAAAAGUAAUGGUGUGACUGUUUUGGCGUAUUUCUAUAAGAUAACAAGAAAAGAUAAUCAAGAAUAUGAUGAGUUCACAGAGCUGUUAGAACAUGUAGUCAAGCCUGACACGGUGGCCAAGUUCCGUAAUCCACCAAUUCUUUGGGAUUUCAGUAACAUUGAAAUUGACGAUUAUUAUACUUAUAUAGGAUCGUUGACUACGCCUCCUUGUAGUGAGGAUGUGACCUGGAUUGAUUUUAAAGAGCCGGUAUACAUCUCAGCAAAUCAGAUCGAACGUUUCCGUCAUCUUCACACCCACGACAAUUCGCCAAUGACCCACAACUACCGCCCGCUUCAGCCGCUUAAUGAUCGCACCGUCUAUUCAUCGCUUACGUUGAGAGAACCAAGUCGUCGUAACAAACAACCGGCUAGCGCUAUACCUUUUGUUGAUAAUUUGGCUGGCGGUGCCACGAUGCAGAAGCCUUUUGCGAUCGCUGUUAUAGCCAUGAUGCUCUCGCUUAGUUUGUUUGCCGCUGUGUGAAUAAAAAUAACUAAAUUAUCUUAAAUGAAAUGGAUUAACAGUAUAUAUUUCCUUACCAAUUACUUUUGUAUUGCUAGUUGGGUAACAGUUAUAACUUUUCUUAUUCGACGCUUACCAAAGUAUUAGUAUUGCAUGCCUAGCCUAUGUGCUCAAGUAUAUACAAGUGUGUACAGUAGGUUGAGCGGUAAAUGUGUGAUGGAAAUUUUACAUCAGAUUUCGGAAAUCUCAACAUAUACUUUGAUCGUAAUAUAGUAAAUUUUAAUACACUGGAAUAAAUUCAUUCAAUUUCAUUCAUUUUUUAAUAGUACCAAAGAUGUCACCAUAAAUUUUGAUACCCACAAGUUUAGUAGUCUCCUAUCGAAAAUAAAUCGUAUGUGAUAUCUUUAAUACCGGAUUUAUCGGCUGAGAGAAUUGAAUUUGACAAAAUUGUACGCAUAAUUUUUUAAGAAGGACUCUAAUUAACAUAUAUUCUACCAUUUGUAUACUAUUAAUAAUUUAAAUACAUACGGUAAUUCAACCAGUAUGUACAUAAUCAAAGAAUUGUUAAUUAAGUUCUCGUAUUCAUAUGUAUAUACAUUCGUGUAAUUUUAGUUAUAAUUAAUUGAAAGCACUAUUCUUACUACAUACAUACCAUCUGAAGAUUAAGUUAAAUUUAUACAUAUGCGCAUUAGAAUCUGUUUGUAGAUUUUUUGUUUUCUAAGUGAAAUUUUAAAAUAAAACCAAAAUUAUUUUCUAAAUCUUCUA